AUGGACUUUCUCCCCUCCUAUGAGUCUAUCUUCUCCGAUGUCCAGAAGCACAUCACUCAUACCUCGGGCAAGACGAUGCAAGAGGUGCUCGUCGGAGCAGACGCUCUAGUCGGCCAUCCUAUUAAAUCCAUUUUGGAGACGAUUCCAGAAGUUAUCGCCACGGUAGGGAUCAAGGGUGCAACUCCACCACUUCUUGAUGUUCUCAAAGACACAACAUCGUGGAGCUCCGACUUCGAUAUUAGGCCCUAUACGACCGCUGCGACUGACGCUGUCGUGUCCUGCCACAGGACAGUGACGGAUUUCCAGAGUCUCGAAGAGGCGUUCCGCAGCCUCAACUCGAAAGUUCGCUCAUCGCAGACCGAGUCCUUCGCCGUACAAUUAGGAAAACUACACGGGGAAUUUAUCAAUAGUGUCCAAAAAAGCGGCAAAUUGGCAGACGAGAUAGCUGACUAUGGACAUCGUUUCGAGAACAGAAUUGUCCCGCUUUGCAAUAAUUUGAACCCUACCCCAAAGGAGAUCGAAGCAGAGAAAUUUACUCACUCGACAAACAUCCUUAUCGAAGAGCUCGACAGACUCAAGAACACCUUCGGUGUCUUCACUGGCGGCUUUCUCUCGUGGGCGGAGACAAACGAAGACCAGUAUUCUGCAGAGUCUGAAAAGAUUCAAAGGAAAAUCGACUCUGCGCAGGAGCGGCUCGAGAAUUACUUGAGCGUUCCACCAGUUGUUCUUAUGAAAAUCAAAAUGCCUUUUGGCUUCCCCUUUCUUGAUAACGAGCAAAAAAUGGAGGCCAUGAAGCGUUCGUGUCGGGAUGAGAUUGAAGACGAAUCGAAGAAACUCCGAACGGUGAAUGAUAUCAUCGACAGCAUCCAGCAAGUCAGGGAUGGACUGACGAACUUGCAAAACGGCCAUCUUGCCAAGUUCAAACAGAACAUCACAGCGAUCGUCGUCUUCUGGAGGAUGGUGCACAACGACGCGCUAUUAAUUGGGUCCUGGAUCGAGGAUAGCGCGAAGGAUACGGACAUGCCUGAAUACAUGAGGACGUCAGUGGAAGGAGCAGUGAACAUCUGUGGGUUUAUCUUUGAAUAA